AUGUCGACAGUCUUCCAGGUCACUGUUCACGUUGCGCCACAGGAUGUCUCUAGGUUCCUGCGCGCUUCUGAGCCGACAAUUGAGAAGAUGAAGAGAGAGUCCGAGUUAAUGUACUUUGAAAUGUACCAGGUCCAUGACUCUCCGGGUACAAUUACGUGGAUUGAGAAAUGGUACGCGGAACUCGAAAUGUUAAGUCACAGCGUCGGAAACUUGGCUGAUGAUGUUUCCAGGUCAGAGCCGGUAGACUGGAUAAUGAAACACCAAAUGACGAAGGAUUACUAUAACGAAUACUUUGACGUCACAGAACCGCUCUACGUCGCACCUCGUGAGCUGAGAAUUCUGAGCUCUCUCGGGCCUCGUCAUACGUAUCAGAGGUCGUAA